CAUCACCUCACAUACCUUCCCCUCUCUUCCUUCCUCAGCACCACCACCACCUCCCCUUUAAUACCUCACCCUCCUCCUCUUCCCCUUCCCUGCUCCUCUCCCCUCAUAUCCUCUUCCAAUUCCCUCCCUGGAUCUCUUCCUGCAUGCAGAGAGGCACUGCCGCACCACCACCACCACCACCCAUGCUCAACAUGAUGACUGAUCUGAGCUGCCGGCCGUCGGAGGUGACAGAGCAGCUGGCGGCGCCGACGGGCUCCGGCGACAAGCAGGGGAGGGGCAAGAUCGAGAUCAAGCGCAUCGAGAACACCACGAACCGGCAGGUCACCUUCUGCAAGCGCCGCAACGGCCUCCUCAAGAAGGCGUACGAGCUCUCGGUGCUCUGCGACGCCGAGGUCGCGCUCAUCGUCUUCUCCAGCCGCGGCCGCCUCUACGAGUACGCCAACAACAGUGUGAAGUCCACCAUUGAGAGGUACAAGAAGGCCAACAGUGACACCUCCAACUCUGGCACAGUUGCAGAAGUCAGUGCCCAGCACUACCAGCAGGAGUCCUCCAAGCUGCGCCAGACUAUCAGUAGCUUGCAAAACGCAAACAGUAGGACCAUAGUGGGAGAUUCAAUCCACACCAUGAGCCUCAGGGAUCUUAAGCAGCUGGAGGGCAGGCUGGAGAAAGGCAUAAGCAAGAUUAGAGCUAGAAAGAAUGAGCUGUUAUAUGCUGAAGUUGACUAUAUGCAAAAAAGGGAGAUGGAUCUGCAGACUGACAACAUGUACCUGAGGAGCAAGAUCGCUGAGAAUAAUGAAACGGGGCAGCCGGCGAUGAACAUGAUGGGAGUGCCAUCGACAAGCGAAUACGAGCACAUGGUCCCUUUUGACUCGAGAAACUUUCUUCAAGUGAACAUCAUGCAGCAGCCUCAGCACUACUCCCAUCAGCUGCAACCAACAACCCUGCAACUCGGAUGACGAAAUUAAUUACCUGAAGAUGAAUCUGCGGCCAAUGAUCCAUGCACGCGAGCAUGCAGUUAUAUCAUGUGUCCAAUCGAGAUCAAGAAUCUACUCUACGUUUGUAUAAUUAUUAUUAAUAAUCGUGAUUAGUACAACUGUCAGCAGUAUGUGUGUGACAACUCUACAUAUAUGUUGUGUGGCUGUACGGCGAGGUCUUUUGCGACAACAUUUGCAGCAGCAGCAGCAUUUGGUGUUGUUCAUCGAUCGAUCGCAAAAAUUAAGCUUGCCACCACUGUGUGUGCAUUUGUACGUGUUAAUUCAGCUGCUGUAUCUGUUAAUUGCACCCUCCAUUAGAACGCACGCGUAUGCAUACUUAUACUUAUUUAUGUAUAUGAGAUUUGUGUGUGUUAUAUAUAUUGCAA